GUUGUACUCGAACGAUGAAGAUUGUCCUCAUCUUGUCGGUCCUCGCUGCGGCGGCCCAGGCCAAGAUCACGAGCUCCGCGCUCCGCAAGCUCGAGCAGGAACAGACGUUCACGGCGUUUGUGACCUUCAAGCCGACCGCGACGACGGGCCUCGAGAGCCUCGAGUCGACGCCCAUUGGUGAGCGCCGCGAAGUUGUCUACUCGGCGCUCUCGGCCGCUGCGGUCGAGCACAAGGAAACGCUCUCCAGCAUUGUCGGCGACCGCAAGGUCAAGGCGUUCUGGAUCACCAAGGCCGCGACCGUCGAGAACGUCGACCGCGCGCUCGCCGAUAAGAUCGCCAAGAUUGACAACGUCCUCAAGGUCGACGUGAUCAAGACGAUCAAGGAAAGCCCGGUCCUCACCAAGAAGGACGACGGCGCCGAGAACUCGCCCGCUGACAACUCGCGCCCGACCGGCAUCCAGUGGGGCGUCACGACGAUUGGCGCCACCGACGUCUGGAAGACGACCAAGGGUGAAGGCGUCAUCAUCGGCUCGAUCGACUCGGGUGUCCGCCAUACCCACGAAUCCAUCAAGUCCAAGUGGCGUGCGGCCAAGGGCUGGUACGAUCCGUACUACCAGACGGCGGAGCCCAACGAUCUCAGCGGCCACGGUACCCACACGAUCGGUACGAUGGUCGGUGACUUCGGUAUCGGUGUUGCCCCCGGCGCCCAGUUCAUCUCGUGCCUCGGCUUGUACAAGGGCAGCGGCACGAACGCGGCUUUGAUCGAGUGCGCUGAGUUUAUGAUGUGCCCAACCGACACGGACGGGUCGCACCCCGACUGCAAGAAGGGCGCCAACGUUGUCAACAACUCGUGGGGCAGUGACUCGAGCACCGACCCGUGGUACCAGGACGUCGUUGACGCGUGGCACAAGGCCGGUAUUACGCCCAUCUUUGCCAACGGCAACGAAGGCCCGGCCUGCGCGACGGCCGGCAACCCGGCUAGCUACCCCAACGUCAUCUCGGUGGGUGCGAUUGGGUCGCGCACGGACGACCCGACGCAGCUCGCGUACUUUUCGUCCAAGGGCCCGGCCAAGUACGUCGACCGCUUGAACCAGGCACGUGUCCACAAUCUGGGCACGGCAUCUGAGCACCCUGUUUUGGUGUUCACCGAAAGCUGGGGAUCCGAAGAAAUGGUAAAUAAAGUCUUCCGAUGUUGUCCCUGCGGUGGCUCGUCAAGCACUUGUGACGGUGCUGCGACGCCGAACGCAAAGCAGGGCAAGCCAACGACGCCAGUGGCCAAGUCGGGCAAGAAGGGUCACUAA